UUGCAUUGCAGUAUUGCACCACUCAUUGCUCGCGAGUGUGUGUGUUCUCUUCUCCUCUCUUCUCUUCAACCCUCUCUCUCUCUUUCAUCUUCCAACGCUUCAAACAGUUCAGAUAAUUCACACAAGAACGAAGAAGAAGAAGAAGAAGAAGAAGACGAGUUUCAUUGAAAAAUCACAGUGUCAAUUUCUGGUUGAAAUCUUCUUCAUCACACAAUGCCAUUUGAAAGAAACUCUCCGGCAAGGUGCUUCAUGACGCCACCGCCGCCGCGGCUUUCUUCGUGGAGGUCGACGCCUUCACGCUCUCCCAUCAUGAUGCCGCUUUCAGAGAGAAAGAGAUCAUCACCGAACAAAGAUGAUCCUUAUCAUGUGAUUCACAAGGUUCCUGCUGGUGAUUCUCCCUAUGUUAAAGCCAAGCAGGUUCAGUUGGUGGAUAAGGAUCCUGGGAAAGCCAUUUCACUGUUCUGGGCUGCAAUCAAUGCUGGGGACCGUGUGGAGAGUGCUUUGAAGGAUAUGGCCUUAGUCAUGAAGCAACUGAACCGUUCUGAUGAGGCAAUCGAAGCUAUUAAAUCAUUCCGGCAUCUGUGCCCUCCUGAUUCCCAGGAAUCCCUAGACAACAUCUUGGUUGAACUCUACAAGAGGUCAGGAAGGGUUGAUGAAGAGAUUUCCAUGCUUCAUCACAAGUUGAAGCAAAUUGAAGAUGGUGUCACUUUUGUGGGGAGGACAACCAAACAAGCAAGAUCACAAGGGAAGAAGAUUCAUGUAACUGCUGAGCAAGAGAUAUCACGGAUACUGGGGAACUUGGCUUGGGCUUACUUGCAGAAAGGUGACUAUAAAGCUGCUGAAGAACAUUAUAGAAAAGCACUGUCUUUUGAGGUUGAUAGGAACAAACAGUGCAAUUUGGCAAUCUGUUUGAUGCAAACGAACAGGAUUACAGAAGCAAAAUUUCUGCUCCAGGCUGUAACCACCGCUUCUAAACAUAGAAAGAUGGAUGAUUCAUGCGCUAAAUCUUUUGAACGCGCUUCGCAAAUGCUGAUGGAUAUGGAGUCGUCAUCGUCACAGUGCUCUCCACUAAGUAACUUGAGUGGAAAGAGCUCUGACAUGGUUCAAAGUAGGACACAAAAUUGGUCUGUGACAUCUGAGGGGGAAGUAUCUAAUGCCAGGAGGAGAUUGUACGAGUCCCCUGAACCAGCAAGAAGAGACCUGAAGGUUCCUUACACAAACACAAAAAAAUGUUCAUGGGGCUUCAAUAAUGGACCUCAAAGGGAAACUUGGGGAGAUGUCCAUUCAGAUCCAAAACCUUCAUUUGGGAUUCCUUCUACACAAAAUAAUUUGUCUUUACCUGCCAAUGGAAAGUGGAAUGCGAGGACAAUGGUAAAGCGUGAAGAUAAAACAGCUAUUGGUUCUGGACUAUACACUUACUCCAAUACAGAAACAGAUAGAAAGUUUAAAGAGGACAAAUUUGCUGUAGAAUCAAAUGACAUGGUUGUGAAUGGUGCCAAUCAAUUUGCAAGUUCUAUUGGCACAGACCAAAGAAGCAUAAAACCAGUGGAGAAGAAGAGCUGGGCAGACAUAGUAGAAGAAGAACAAAAUGAAGGGCAUGACUUCUUUGGGGGAUAUACUAGAUUUGAUGGUCAGGAAGGUGCUCAAGUGUUUAAUAAAGAAAAUGAGAACUCAAACAUAGUCUUUCAACGUCCUUGGCCGCUUAGCGAGACCAAAUGUAUAAGCAAAAAGCUUGAGUCCAUGGACUUGAAAGAUGGACAUCAUGGAUCCGGCACUGUAAUUUUGUCAAGGAAGCCAGCAGUAAGGCGCUCUCUGUGUUUCAAUCCUGAACUGGCAAAGGAAAGGGAUUCAUCAUUGUCUGAGGAGAAGAAACCACCAAGGAACAACAGGCUGCAGGUUUUCAAGGAUAUCGCUCUUCACCCUGAAACCCCAUGACCCUUUAGCAGUGAACAAAUGUCCUUGUGGAUUGAGAAGGAUCCAACUGUUGCACUGUUAAGGCUUUAUUGGCUUCAUUAUAGGACCAUGGCUAGCUUUUAUAUAAGGCAUUUUGCUGAUUAGUUAGCGGAUUCUUUCAUUCUUAAUCAUUUUUUUAUUUGCAAAAACAACCUUUGUAAAUCCAUACUCAUGUUCCUAUACUGUAAAAUAACUUUUAUCAGUUGUAUUGAAA